AGAAGGAAGUUAAUGCACGUGUGCUGUGAAUGACAGGUAUUGUACAGGUGUAGAGAGAGGCGAGUGUGUUGAUGGCCCAGUCUGUCUAACACAGGUGUGAGGGGAUGAACCUAUGGCUAUGUCUCUGUGUCAGCCAGGCUCUGAUUACGGUGUAUGAAGCAAUAUAUAAGGACAUUUUAGCUUCCUUAGGUAGGUGAGUUCUCAUCAGGGACUGGUACAUUGUACUUGUGGAUGCAUUAACUGAGGUGGACUGAAAACACAGCCUGUCCCUCUGAGAUGUCACUGAGCUAAGUGGGAGAAGAUGCCAGGUAAGCCAGGCUUGUGUUGGUGUUUCGGGGGCAGUCGCCCGCCAGAGAUCACGUACGAUGUGGAUAUUGGCAUGCCCCUCAAACCCAUGGCCGUAGAUCUGCCUAUGCCCACCAACGAGGGAGAACUGGAUGCCAAAUUCUCAGAACUUGUGGCAGAACUUGGGCUGGACAAACCUCACCGAGAUGCUCUCUUCAAUCUGCCUCCAGAGAAGAAAUGGCAGAUCUACUGCAGUCGCAAAAAGGACCAAGAUGACCCGACCAAAACUGCCUGGCCUGACUACUACAUAGAGAGGAUCAACACCAUGUCGUCUGUAUUCUUCAGUUUUAAUGAUGAUGAGGUGAAAUUAAGAACAACUUUAGUGGACAAUCUGAAAACUGCUCUCAGGACCCAACCAAUGAGCUUUGUAUUACGGUUCAUUGAGCUAGAUGGUUUACAAUGUCUGCUGGACUUCCUCAGUAACAUGGACCAAGAAACCACCCAGAAUUCCAUUCACACCUCUGUCAUAGGCUGCAUUAAGGCACUUAUGAACAAUCAGGAAGGAAGAGCUCACGUCUUGGCCCAUCCUGAUGGAAUCAACAUCAUUGCUCAGAGUCUCACGUCAGAAAAUGUCAAAACCAAAAUAGCUGCCCUGGAGAUUCUUGGUGCUGUCUGUCUCAUCCCUGGAGGACACAAGAAAGUUCUGGAGGCCAUGCUACAUUACCAGAAAUACACCUGUGAACGAACACGAUUCCAGAGCCUGGUGAACAUGCUGGACUGUAGUGUGGGUAAAUACAGAGAGGAGGUGGGGCUGAAGACUGCCAUCAUGUUCUUUCUCAACGCGGCUUUACGAUACGGACCAGGCCAGACCUAUUUAGAAUUUCGUAUCCACUUACGGUAUGAGCUGCUAAUGUUGGGAAUCCAGCCUGUUAUAGACAAGCUAAGGACUCAUGAGAAUGCAACACUCGAUCGACAUUUAGAUUUCUUUGAGAUGGUGCGAAAUGAGGAUGAGAAAGAACUUGCCAAAAGAUUUGAAUGUUCACAUGUGGAUACAAAGAGCGCAACCAACAUGUUUGAGCUUCUGCGUAAGAAGCUGGCCUUCUCUGUAGCGUACCCCAAUCUGUUGUCAGUUCUACAGCACAUGCUUCUUUUGCCUUACGGAAAUGGUAACAACUCCUUGUCUCUUUGGCUGCUGCUUGAUCGUAUUGUCCAGCAGAUUACCCUUCAACAGAAAAAUGGGGAAAAUCCCGACUGUGCCCCACUGGAAAUUAAUGUGAAGCAAAUUAUAAGGCAAUUGUCACAAGAAGGGGAGAUAAAGGCCACACAACAGAAGUUGCGAGAAGUUGAAAAAAUUUGUGAUGAUCUCAAAUCCAAGCUCACUAAAAAAGAGAGGGAAUGUGAAAUCAGAACUCAGGAAAAGGAGGAAUUGUUCUCAACAGUGAACAAAAUGAAGACCAAACUGGACAAGGAAGUCUCCUUGCAUCAGGAGACAAAAAGUCAAGUGACAGGGUUAACCAGUGAGAUAGCAGAGCUUAGAGCAGCUCUGGAGCUAGAGAGAGCAGAGCGCGGUAAACUACAGCACCUCAUUAACACAGGCAGUUUACCUGAUGAUGCUAAGAUGGGUUUCUCCACCCACACCAGUAUGUCAGUGUCUGACAAGGGGUCUUGCCCUCCCCCACCACCCUUGUUCCUAGGUGUGCCAGCUCCACCACCACCGCCUGGAGGCGGUGUCCCACCUCCACCACCACCUCUUCCUAAUGGGGCCCCACCAGCACCAGCCCCGCCAGGUGCUCCUGGAGCUCCAGGACUGUGUUCACCUCCACUACAGAAGAACAUUCCCAAACCUUCUCAUCCUCUCAAAUCAUUCAAUUGGUCCAAACUUCCUGAGAAUAAACUAGUAGGGACAGUGUGGCGUGAUAUGGAGGAUGAAAAGCUGUAUAAGGUGCUUGACCUUGAAGAAUUUGAGAAGACAUUUUCUGCAUACCAGAGGAAGUUGAAUGAAACUGCUGGAGAUGAUGAUGAUCUGAAAAAUGUUAAUAAAAAGGCAAAGGAGUUGUCUGUGAUUGAUGGAAGGCGGGCUCAAAACUGUACAAUCCUCCUGUCCAAACUAAAACUAUCCAAUGCAGAGCUGGCCCGGGCUGUGCUCAACAUGGAUGCCCAGGAGGAUUUGCCCAAAGAUAUGGUGGAACAGCUGCUGAAGUUUGUCCCCACGGUGGAGGAGACCCAGCUGUUGGCAGAGCAUGGGAAUGACAUGGACAGUAUGGCCCGAGCCGACAAAUUCCUGUACGAGAUGAGCAAAAUCACUCAUUAUGAACAGAGGUUAAAAGCUCUUCAUUUCAAAAAGAAAUUCCCCGAGAGGAUGUGUGACCUAAAGCCAAAAAUUGAAGCUGUGUUUGAGGCCUCCAAGCAGGUAAUACGUAGUAAACAGUUAAAGAAGCUGCUGGAGAUCGUGCUCGCCUUCGGUAAUUUCAUGAAUCGUGGCCAGAGAGGAAAUGCUGGAGGAUUCAAACUCAGCAGUCUCAACAAAAUCAUAGACACGAAAUCCAGUUUGAACCGCAGUGUAACUUUACUCAACUAUUUACUGGAGACCCUAGAAAAGAAGUUCCCAGAUGUCCUAAAAUUAGAUCAGGAAUUAGCCCAGGUGCGAGUAGCUGCAAAGGUCAAUUUUAAGGAGUUGGAUAAAGACAUCAGCAUGAUACGGUCAGGUUUACGAGAGAUAGAGAAGGAGAUCACAUUUUUGGAUAACAGGCCUAAGGAACGAGGGGACAAGUUUGUCAGUGUGAUGGGUGACUUUGUCACGCUAGCCUCUUACAACUUCUCUGAAAUUGAGGAGGCUUACACAGAAAUGAAACACAAGUUUGAGACAGUGACAAAAGCGUAUGGAGAGGAUCCAGUCUCUAGCGAACCCGAUGAGUUCUUUGGGAUUUUCGACACUUUCUUGACAUCUUUCGCAGAAGCCAAGCGUGAAAAUGAGCGAAUUAAGAAACAGCGUGAAGAGGAGGCUAAAAGAGCUCGUUUGGAAGAACAGCUGCGCAAAGAAAAGGAGAAACAGAAGUUAUUGAGGAGAGGAGGUGGAGAUACGAAAAACGGGAAAUGUACUAAUGGUGUGGCAUCUCAAGAUUCAGGUGAAUUUGAUGAGUUAAUCUCAGCUCUGAGAACAGGCGAUGUGUUUGGGGAAGAUAUAGCGAAGAUGAAGAGAGUUAGACGCAGGGGUGCUCAGUCCACAGAUAUGUCUCGGGAACGGACUGGCAAUAGCACUAGUAGCAACGGCACCAGCAAGCCAUGAUUCUAACAAGUCUUUCACCCACAAACAGAGUUUACUGUGUGAUUACAAUUGUGACUUUUUUGUCUCUUCUUCAACUAUCACACAGCCAUAUUUGAUAUAUGGGAAUGCAGGCGAUCAAGAAGAGCUAUAUGUACACCAGGGGAGCUAAUCAUGUUCUCACUUGAACCACACAGGCAUGAGCCUGCUUUGAAACUUACAUGUUGCCGUAGUCUUUUGUGGAACUGCUUAUGUCAGUUUGGAACUUAUUUAUUUUUUUGAUAUAAAUACUCGUAGAUCAGAUUCUAACAUCAGAAAAUCCUAAUGCCAUCAGUACAAUUAAAUGAUAUGUAAAAGCAUCACUAACAUUUCAGUAUUCUCUCAACCAAUUAUGAAUGUUGUUAAUGUGGAAGAUUUGGUUAGUUUUGGAAAAUUUCAGCUUACAGGUUAAAUUGUUUUCUGGCAUUCCAAUUUUUUGUUCUCACUGUCAGACUUGAACCACAAAGCUGUAAAGCAUUAACAAAGCUUAAAAUUAGUGCUUCAGCUAUAACUGCUCAAAACUACCUGUAAAUUUUAAAGGGAGCUCACUUCACCACUCCUUUUAGCCCAAGGCCAUUUCAUAAGCAUGACUAAUGCCUGCUUGGCAAGUUAUUUCUUAUUUGCUUGAAACAUAUCGAUAUAUCUGUUGAGUGUCUUGGUGUAAGCUGGGACUUAUAUAACAUUUAUUAUAUCUUUUAUAUUAGUCCCAGGUGUGACUUAUUCCUUGCUAAAUUGUAUGUGCUGGGUAUGAAUUUGGUGUCCAGAACAAAACCACACAAAUACACAAUUAUUAUACAAAAUAUGGAUGAUGCAAAAUACCCUCAUUUAGAACAGGAAUGUAAGGGCAGAUAACUGAGGGUAUGAUAAGAAAUUUCCCAAAUCUCAAUGAAGUGGUAAAUGUCUUUUACUCAUUCCAGGGGGAUGUGGUGGUGCCAGAAAAAUGGUGUCAUUAAACAUUUCUUAAGUCAUACAGUUCAUAAAUUCAGAAAAUAAUGUACAGUAGCACACAAAGAUGACAAAGUUACAUAUUCAGUGGGUCUAAUAUGGCAAAGCUGAAAGCGGUAGAGAAGGUUGGAGGGAAACUGAAAUUUUUAGAUACUGAUACAAUUACAUGUAAAUGUAAAGAAUUUAAUCAGUACCAUCCUCCACCCAUAAAACUGGCCACUGUUGAAAAUUCUAUCCAAACCUUUGGGGAAUUGGAGAAGGAUGUCAUAGGCUGAUCACAGUUGGCAGUUUCAGAUUUCUAGACUUAGAACAGCCCCAAGGUCUUGUGACGUGUGGUAUUGGUCAUUGUCUGGGAGCAUACACUAUGGACGGCUUAAAUUAAGCAAGUUGAUCGGGAUGAUGAUGAUUUAUAAUUGUGCAGUUUGAUUGUGCAAUGGUUAUGGUACGGUAUGGAAUGUGCCAAUUAGACAAGCUCCCUGGUUGACACCCACUACAUGUAUGAUUUUAUUGCUUGUGUUAAAAUCAAUGGAAUCUUUGGCUGAUCAGCGUUUGUACAUGUUGAACAUGUCUAGUUUUUCUUGGAUAGAUUUCUCAUUAUUGAGAAUUUUUGCUGAUUUAGCAUGUUAGUGUAAAAGUAAAUAAUAGUUCAUCAUUGAUACCCGCCAUUACAUAUCUAGUCAUUAUUUAUUUACAGCUAAAUAUCCCGUAAGUAUUCAUCUGUUGAUAGUAAAACUAUCAUUGAAGUUCCCCGCACUUAAGUGGUUGUGUACAUCAUAUUAAUGACCCAGUGUUUGACGUGCAGCUGCUACUUUAUGAAUGAUUAACCGUUACAUGUAUUUCACUCUUUGUUUAUUAUUUUCAACCUUUCUAGUCUCAUACGAAAUGAUAUUUGAAGAGAUGCAGGUUUUUCUUUUCAACCAUUUUUCCUUUCCUCAAAGUGCUUUCACAAUGUUGUUAUUUUCUGAAGGACAAAAAUUAUGUGUAGUUUGUUGGAAUAUGUAUAGAACCUUUGCAAAUGUGUUAUUUCAUCAGU